UUGACAAUUUUAAAAUGUGUUUAUUUUGUAUAUCUUCAACACGUGUUUAAUGUUAAAACUGUGUGAUUUUUUAUUUUCAGGUUUUUAAUUGUGAAUUGAAAACAUGUCAUUAUCCACUGAACUUUUAAAUUUUUUGGACGACACGGGAGAACCACUUAAAAAGAGGAUUAAAAUUGCUGAUAAUGCCUUAAAUUCUUCUGAUUUACCUCUGCAACACAAAGAAGUUAUUCUAUUAACAUGGGCCUUAAAAAAUAAUAAAGUAGAUACCAUAAAUUUGGUUAUAAAUUGGUUGAAAUCAGAGCAUUUCAAAUAUCUUAAUCGAAAUGAUCUUUGUUAUGACAAUAUUGAGGAAAUAAUACAGUUAAUAUUGAAGGCUUUAAAAAGGUCUGAUGAAAAGACCAACAUUUUGGAAUUAGCAACAUUAUUAUUAGAAAUACAGAUAUUUGAACAGUAUUUUAAAUCCAAUUUAGAAACUUACUGUCAUUAUAUUGUAGCAAUUAUAAAAAAAAUUAAGUGCCCAGAUCAAUUUUGUAAGUUUAUAAAAAGCAAAUUUGUUUUUCCAAAGACAAUUACAUCUGAAAGAACUUUUUAUUCACAUUUUUUAUCUAUAUGUUUGCCAAGAUUGGUCCAUUUCUCUCAUAAAUCCCAAAAUGAGACACAAAUAUUUCAAGCUGUUUCUGAAGUUGUUCAGCAUUGUAUUUUUUACCGGAAUUUUAAAAACUUUGAAGCCUAUGUUAACAAAUUUUUCAAUAUUGACAGAACAGAAGAGACUGAGAUACCAAAAGCAUUAUUUAAACAUCUUGUAACUAAUAGUGAUACUGAGGAAAUUAGUACUUUAUUUAAGUUGGUGUUUCAUGCACUUUUUACUGCCUACAAUGACUUUGAUAUUAUUUAUAAGUCAUUAAUAUUAUUGUGUGAGAUGAUUGGUUUUGACUGCAAAAGUUUAUAUGAGUUAAAGAAAGUUUCAAAACUGCACUUAACAGAGAUAAGUCCAAAUAAUACAUUUAAUGUAUUUUUGGCAAUGUUGGAAGUAUUAAAUGAAAACAAAACUAAUGUGGAUCAUGUGAUAAAUGAUGUUAAAUUUACAGCAUUUAUUCAAAAAAUAAUAUUAGCGAUAAUGAAUGCAUCUCCUCCUACAGAAACUAUUUAUAAAAUUUUACAGAAAGCCAUAUCACUUGACCCCUUAAUUGUUGAAGCCAAUAUUCAGUCUAUCAUUGAGUAUUCUUUAUUGGCAGACAAUUCUGAACAUAAUAGAACAUAUGCGAAAUUUUUUAUCACUGUGUUUGAAAUUUAUGAAAAAUUGCACAGAAUUCCAAAUUUUAUUUCUAAACUAAUUCCCACUGUCAAAGCAGUUCUGGAAGGUACACACUUUAUAAAGGAGGAACUCAACUUUAGAGGAGAUAAAGAAGUGUGCAAGUUGAAUGUUAGCAACCUUAAAGUUGAUGAAAUAUUUCCUAUAGAUGUGACUGAAUAUUUUGGAACAUGUGUUACAACUUUAGCAAGUUGGCAAAUAAUAAAUCUGUUUAAAACAUUACUAUUUCAUCUGAAUUCUGCUGUGGAAGAAUUACAGAAUAAUACUGAACCAGAUGCAAAUUUUGUGUUGUAUAUGGAAAUAUUGAGUAAACUUAUUGGGAGUGUAUUGAGCAGUGUCAGAAUAGCCGAACAUACCACUUCACAGAAUGUUGUUGAUAAGUUUGUUACCAGUUUAAAUGACAUGAAAACUACCUUGAAACAUUUUGGGAAGACAUUAUUAAACAGAGAGCAUAAUGAAAUUCUUGUUAGAGCAUUCCUCUAUAUUUCCUACUAUUGGGCAGAAAUACAUAUAAUUAUUAAUUACUAUUCUCCCAGUGAAAAUAUUAUAAUGAACAAACCAGAGGAUACUAAUUAUACAGCCUGUAAUAUCACCUAUUUACACACAUACUUAAAUAUAAAACAGUGGUGCCAUUUAAGUGAACGUAUUACCAAUUUCGGCGACAAACCAUGCAAAGAGUUAAUGCAAAAACUUUUUAUACAAAGGUUAAAAGCAUAUAGUAUAUUUGAAGAAUCUCUUAAUGAUAGUAUUGUUCAGAAUAUAGCAAACAAUUUAGAAGAUUCAGUUAAUGACAAUUGGAAGGGUGUUGUAUUGAAUCAAUUUGCAAUAGAAGUUCUACUGCCCAAAUUUAGUGCAGACUGUUUGCUUAAUCUUUCAGAAAAUAUAUUGAAUCAAUAUGAUUCUUUAAAUAAAAUGCAGAAAGAAUGCAUAAUGGAAAGUCUGCUACUAAUAAAAUCUAUAAAUUAUGUGAUUGUCAAAAGGAUGAAUAAGUCAUUAAAACAAAAAAAGCAGGAGGUUCAACCCUUAAGCUGUAAGAUAUUUUCUAAAGUUAAUGGUAACUCAUUUUUGAAAGGCUCUGAUUCUUCACUAGUGGAACUUGCAAAAACUGAAUAUAAUUCAGUAGAAGACUCUGAUAGCAAACAAAGCUAUAGAAUAAAUGAAGAUAAAACCUUAAUGAUUAUCAGUUCCUUAAAACAAUUUUCUUUAAUAAGUUGUUCAGAAAACAUACUUAAAUUUUAUUUGAUAUAUUUUUUUGCUGUUCACAAAGAUGUUGCUGAAUAUCAGCUUUUAAAAGAGAAUAUUGAGACAAUUAUAAUAGGUUUACUCCAACACGUUAAAUUUGGUAUUUUAACUUUAUUUGACCCUAGAAGUGUAUGUAUUUACAUUAUAGAAAAUUUUGAUAGAUUUGAAACUGUUUUUGAACUGUUGAUUGAUAAUUCUGUUAAAUACAUGAAACAAUUUAGCGAAUGUGUUUCGUCAUUGAUAACGAAUAUGGAAACCCCAAACUAUUUGAAAAGCGCGAUGAUUUAUCUAAAUUGUUUCUAUAAGUUAAAGAAAGUUAAGCUUCCUAAUGAAAUUCGAAAUUUAACAAAUGAAUUAAAAACAAAUAUAUGCAACACAAUGUUAAAAAUUGUGUUAAAGAAAGGUGUCGAUUCCGAAAGACUAGAACCCUGUGGACAUGUUUUAAAACACAUAUUAUCGUUAAAUGAGACAAACGAUGAGCAUAAGCAAUUAUUGACUAAAUUGCCGGUGAUAACAGAAUAUGCUUUCGAUAAUUCUACUAAAUCUGCUAUUAAGGGAUCUCUAUUAUUGUUCGCAACAAUAUUAAACAACAAAAGUAAAUUGGACUGUGUAGAUGACGACUUUAUAAUGAAGGUUUGGAAUUGGUUAAAGCAAUUAGAUGUUUCCUUGGAACAAUAUGAUGAAUAUUCUCAACUCAUUUCUUUGGAAUUUAGUUUAAUUUCAAACGAAAAAUUUUCAGAAGUCACAAAUGGUUUUCUCAAUAUUACUUUGGGAAGUCUGAACGCUUCUGAUGAUAAUCUGCUAAUUAAACAAUUAAAGGGUUGGGAAGGUAUUGUUGGUUGUAACUUCAAUCAGUUAAAAAUAGGAAUUUGGCAAGAAACUUUAGAGUCAUUACUCCAGGCUCAAUUAGAGGUAUUAAAAGUAAAGAAAACCAAUAUUCCUAUUUGUCAUGCUAUUGUGGAGUUUUGUAACACAUUAGUGAAAAGUAAUCAGUUACUCUUAACACAGCCAAUGAUCGAUAUGCUGCUCUUAUUACCGUCAAUUUUAAGUUCCAACACAAAUGAGAAUUUCUUUGAGUCAUAUGAAAUGACGAUAAUGAUUUUGGAGUCGCUUAUUAAAUUCCGCAAACCAUUGAUGAUGGACAGAUUACCAGCAUAUCUUCAACAUUAUGGACUAUUAAUGGGAAAUCUUUGCUCCAUGAGUAAUUCAGACAAAAAUGAUAGUGACGAAACAAUUAAAAAAUUAGCGGACUGUGCCCACUUAUUGGAAAAAUUAACAAAGGUUUUAGUAGACAAUAAAAAAGAUAUGACUCGUAUGGCUAUGUAUUUGAUUGCGGACAUUCUCAUGCAGUAUGAAACUAUUACUUUAUAUGUUCAUGUUAAGGUGCAUCUGAAUAACUGUGUCUAUAGCUUGAUAUCUUUGUGUGACCAACACGCGAUUUCUUUCUUAAUGAGAGUAUUAUCAAGUGCAUCCACCGAAUUAUUCAAAAUUAUGUAUGAUCAUUACAAGAAAUAUUAUAAAUUUUCAGGGAAAGUGUAAAUAAAUAUGUACAUAUUAAGUUUAGUUUUUACGUUUAAUAAAAGUUUAAUGAAAA